AUGAGUGAUCACAGCCACCACCAGCCUCCUCCUCAACAGCAGCCUCCCAAUGAUGUUCCUCCUCAAGGUUAUCCACCACCAAAUGACGGAUAUCCCAACAACAUUUAUCCGCCGCCGCCACCACCACCACUUGAAGGACAUUCCAAAGACGCUCAUUUGCCACAUGCAUAUCCCCCACAAGGAAAUUUAGGGGACGUUUAUCCACCGCCAGGACAAGGACAAGAACAAGAACAAUCACGUGAUGUUUAUCCCCCACAAGGACAAGGACGAAGACAAGAACAAUCAAGGGACGUUUAUCCCCCACAAGAAAAAUCAAGCGACAUUUAUCCCCCACAAGAACAAUCAAGCAAUGUUUAUCCCACACAAGGACAAGGACAAGGAGAAGAACAGUCGAGGGACAUUUAUCCCCCUCAAGGACAAGGGCAAGGACAAGAACAAGAACAAUCGAGGGACAUUUAUUCCCCACAAGCACAAGGAGAAGAACAAUCGAGGGGCAUUUAUCCCCCGCAAGGACAAGGACAAGGACAAGAACAAUCAAGGAACGUUUAUCCCCCACAAGCACAAGGAAAAGAACAAUCGAGGGACGUGUAUUCCCCACAAGGACAAGGACAUUCUCCACAUCGUGGGUAUCCUCCUCCGGGCUACCCUCCUCAAGGUUCUCCACCUCCUGGAUAUCCUCCUCAUGGUUAUCCUCCUCAAGGUUAUCCUUAUCCUCCCCAAGGCUAUCCUCCCCCGGGCUAUCCUCCUCCCGGAUAUCCUACCCAUGGCUUUCCUUCUCCUGGAUAUCCCCCACAUUACCGUCCACCGCCUCCCCAUCAUCAACCAAAUCCUAGUACCAGUAGCACGGGUUGUCUACAGGGCUGUAUUAGGACACUUUAA